AUACUAUUAUCCUAAUGUGAGAGAGCAGAUGGUUGCCAAAGGAACUUUGCCAUUAUCAAGGAUUUCUGCCAUGGUUACCAUGCAGCACCAAGAGGCUACAAGAACACAGAAUUUUAAUCUCCCUUUAAACCCCAAAUUUGAGAACAAUAAAGAAUUUAGGAAUGAGUCAUCAGGUUUUCUGGAUGUAAGCCUACGGUACCAGUGUAGUCCAAGAACAACAGAGGGAGUUCUUGCUUCCCGAGCUGUCUCCAUCUCGGUACAGAUUAUGAGAGCCUGUGGUCUGCAAGCAGCAGCCAA